AUAAUAAGUACUACUAACACACCAUGAAUGAAACCGUAGAUGAAGAGGUCUUCAUUGCACAAAUUGCAACAACCACCGGAUCAACGCCGUUGCAGAACAUUUUUCCACCUUUACACGAACACUUGAUUAAGUACGCGGUCCGCUUUGGCCGGCUUUUGUACAUACAUGAUGUUUCUUCCUGGAAUGAAUGGUCCACGGAUUUGGCCGAGUUUAAAGAUCUCACACCACAUGAAGCAUGCUCUAAAUUUUUAAAAGAUGUGCUGCCCAUUGUGAACACCUACAAAUUGUCGCUGACCGUCAAAAAGCGCCUGCGGCUGCUCGAUCAUCAUCCAUGCUUCCGUCGCACUGGAGAGGGCUAUCAGUACGCUCCAAAGUGUGAGCCAUCCAAUCGCUUCCUACUGCAACCGAGCCGGGAUUAUUGCCUGGCCAGCGCGUUACCAACCUCUAGCGACUCCAGGCUAGCCUCCCACAAUGUGAUCAUUAGCAACGAGGCAUUUGAGCGGAAAGCCUCUGUUGGCUACAACUACAAGGUUUCCGACGAGUUUGCCAGCCUGUUCUCGGCCAUGGUCUCCACUGAUUUUGAAUUAUCGCAUGGUCAUAGGCACGAUUUGGAUGAGAUUCAUUAUCGUUUGCGGCGCGCAAGGCAAUCCUUUGAAGACACUGCCCGUUUCGUGCCAUUCCGAAGAAGUCUAGACCAGUUGGUCUAUAAUAUCGAAAUCUUUGGCAAACUAAAAAAGAAAGUUAUUGAUUCAUUUAAUACAAACUUAUAAUUAUAGGGCCCAUUA